AUGAAUCCUAAGCCGGAAUUGCAGCAACUCGCCGUGAUCGCUGCCGUGGAUGCCCUGCGCAGUCCCCACGCCCAGACUCCUCUCAUCAGGCUGUGCUGCUACCUCAUUGGGGAGUUUCACGAGUGGCUACGGGGGGCCCCCGGGGGCCCCUCGGGGGCCCUCCAGGUCGUAUUUGCGCACUUGCGCCGCCGCAGCCGAAGAGGCAUCGAGCCGUUUGCAGUGUCUGGUCAGCCGUGGUCUAUCAUCAGCAGCAGCAGCAGCGUGACUGCCGCAGCUGGAGAGGUCGUGGCUGCUGAGGCUGAGGAAGGCGGAAACGUGUGCAGCAUGCUGCUGCUCUGCAUCUGCAAAGUAGCGGCAGCGCAUCCAAAGGAAAGGCCUCUCGCGUCUUCAGCUAUCGCCCUUCUCCUCAAUCACUGGGAUUUUGAGACGCAGACAAGAGCUCAUGAACUGCAGGCGCUGAUGCAAAUGUCUGAUCCAAACUUUGGCUUGGCUUGCCUACAAACACCGCCUCCCCGAGAGAAGCCCUCUAAGCAACACGGCUCUGUGCGGCCUGGUGCUGCUGCUCCUAGGAAGGCUGAGACUCUUGCUGAUCCCGCAAAAAUUACACCCGAAGGAGUGGCUGCAGUAGCAGCUGUGCUGCAACGCAAGGCAUUGCCGCCUCCGCCACUGCCACCACCUUCGAAACCGUUUACAGAAACAGCAGCAGGAGCAGCAGCAGCAAUGGGGGCGCCUCACAGGAGAUCUUUAGCGCGAUCUAAGCCGUCUGAAGCAGCGCAAGAGGCAAUAACCGAGAGGAGAAGCGUCCACACCAAAGCCGCCAUCUCUUCCACGAGCAGCAGCAGCCAGAGCAGCAGCAGCCAGAGCAGCAGCAGCAGCAGGAGCCGUAGCAGCAGCAGCAGGAGCCGUGGCAGCAGCAGCAGCAGCCGUAGCAGCAGCAGGAGCAGCAGGAGUACCAGUAGAAGUAGCAGUACAAGCACUAGCAGCGGGAGCGAAUCAGCAGCAGAUGAGACUCGGCUUGCCACACUACUUUCUGCAGCUUUGCUGCCUGCAGGAGGAGGAGGAGCAGAUGCGGCAUCAGCAGGAGGAGCAGCAGCAGCUGUAACGGCAGCAGCAGCUCGAAGGCGCAUGUGUGCCUUGAGGGGCGCAUGGCUGCUGCAGACGCCACUGCUACAUCUCUCAACGAGAAGGCGGCAUCAGGGCAGCACUUGCAUUCUGUUUCUGCGUUGGAGAAACUGUGGCUCUGAAGCCCUACGUUUACAAUGGUUGCCUCCUGAUGAAGCACUGCUCUGCCACGGAGGGGAGCAGCUGGUCGCUUUGCUUCCAGGGGCCCAGCAGCAGCAGCAGCUGUUGCUGCGGCUUGUGAAGCCUUUUUUGGUGCAGCCGCAGCUCGAGCAGCACUUUAGUUUCCUCGUGGCGUCUAGUGCUGCCGAUGGUGCGUGCUGGUCUGUAUGGCAACAGGUGGCAAGCCACGUCGUAGACCUUCCCGUGAUGAUGGCGCACUUCAUGAAGGCUGCUGCGGCUGCACCAACCGAAGCUUUUUGGAAGCAGCAGCAGCAACAGCAGCAGCAACAGCAGCAGCAACAGCAGCAGCAGCAACAA